AGGACUGAGAGGAGGAGUAGCUGUUGCAGUAACAACAUCCUGGAUAUUGGAGCCUGGCGGCGCACACGGCUACAGAAAUAAAGGAGGAACGAAGACGUAAGGGAGGCGGCGGUGGUAAUCUCAAACGCUUUAGUGUAUAGAAGCAGGGACAUGAACGUGAAUUUGGCAACUUUCAGGCAUUAAUUGUGGAUUUAUGCUCUAUGGCGCCGAUUUAUCCCGAGGCACCGACAAGGUGAUGCAGCAGCGGCAGGACGGGAUCAGUCCGCUACACGGCUGCCAGCUGAAUGCCUUUACUGGAGGAGAAAGGCGCAGCACACGUCCAGCGCAGGCCGGCUUGAUCUUUUAUUAAAAUAGGACAGUAUGUAGAGAGGAUCACCCAGCAGCUGGGAAACACCCGUGGUUAACUUUCAUUAUUGAAUCGGCUCUCGAUAUCGCUCUCCAGAGACGCUGCCACGGCAUCAAGCGGAUCAGGCCUGUGCUGAGCCACCGUGCGCGCUUCGCGAUAUUUAACGUACCGUUGAAAGCGCACAAAUGUGACGGGAACUUUUAUCGUUAACACGCCUAACGAAAGCACCUAGUGCUGUAACAUUGUGUUUACUCUCCGCUUGGCCAGUUUUCUUUAUGUUUACAUAGGUUGCGAUACUGUUUUGUCUUAUCAAACUGUUUUCCUUUAUCGAUAACGGAUAAUUGUAUUGCUAGUUUAAGAUAAACAAUACGCCUAACCGGCGGUGAGGGUGGACUCGCCGUUUAUCGUGAAGAUAACGACUCGACCCAACCCGUCUUGCCCCAGAGAAGCUUUCGGAUCAAAGCGAGAUUCAUGGAUCAGAAUGAUAAAAAGACCCUCACGAACAAGUGGAAACAGUUGUGAUCUACAGGACGACUCCAUUUCUAAGAGAUAAGCAGACAUUUGGCAGUAAAGCUCCGCAAUGAGAUAGUGUGGCUUACACAAAAAAAACGACCUUGACACUUAUCCCACCAUAUUUCAGUUCAUCAUCAAAAUAUGACCACGCCAGCUCUAUUGCCACUAUCGGGACGUAGGAUACCUACCCUCUCGCCAGGUGCCGCCUCAUUCCCCCAUCACAGAGCCACCUUACGGCUCUCAGAGAAGUUCAUCCUCCUCCUCAUCCUCAGUGCCUUCAUCACCUUGUGCUUCGGAGCAUUUUUCUUCCUUCCAGACAAUUCCAAACACAAGCGCUUUGACUUUGGUUUGGAGGACGUGUUGAUACCGCACAUCGAGUCAGAGAAGGAGGCAAGGCACAGCAGCAGACAGGUCAUACAUGGUGUGGGAGGUCAUGACGAGCAUCGGCACAGGGAAGAAGAGGAGAGCCUUCGUGACAAGAUCCGGGCAGAUCAUGAGCGGGCACUGCAGGAAGCCAAGGAAAAGCUCCGCAAAUCCAAAGAGGAGCUGAAGGCAGAGAUCCAGACAGAGAAGACCAAGGUAGCCGAGGACCUGAAGAAGAAAGAUGGACCCAAACCACUGCCUCCAGUAUCUAUGCCCAAACUGGUAGGGGUCAAUAAUGGUGACCCAGGGGACCCUGACACCAAGGAAAAGAGGGACAAAAUCAGAGAGAUGAUGAAACAUGCGUGGGACAGCUACAGGCAAUACGGCUGGGGCCACAACGAGCUCAAACCCAUCGCCAAGAAAGGACAUUCCACCAAUAUCUUCGGUAAUUCCCAGAUGGGGGCCACUAUAGUAGAUGCCCUGGAUACCCUUUACAUAAUGGGCCUCCACGAUGAGUUUAAGGAUGGCCAGGAAUGGAUCGAGCAAAACUUGGAUUUCAGUGUGAAUGCAGAAGUAUCUGUCUUUGAGGUCAACAUCCGCUUCAUUGGAGGGCUUCUGGCUGCAUACUACCUCUCUGGACAGGAGGUUUUUAAGGUGAAGGCUGUCCAGCUGGCAGAAAAGCUGCUUCCUGCCUUCAACACCCCAACAGGCAUCCCUUGGGCCAUGGUCAAUUUGAAGAGUGGAGUGGGGCGUAACUGGGGCUGGGCUUCAGCUGGAAGCAGUAUUCUGGCUGAGUUUGGGACGCUGCACAUGGAGUUUGUGCACCUGACGUAUCAGACUGGAAACCCUGCCUACUAUCAGAAGGUGAUGCACAUACGGAAACUGCUGGCUAAGAUGGACAGACCCAACGGGCUUUACCCCAACUACCUGAACCCACGCACAGGACGCUGGGGCCAGCAUCACACCUCAGUAGGUGGGUUGGGUGAUAGUUUCUAUGAGUACCUGUUGAAGGCCUGGCUAAUGUCUGAUAAAACAGACUCAGAGGCACGCAAGACCUAUGAUGAUGCCAUCGAGGCUAUCGAGCGCCACCUCAUCCGGAAGUCCAACGGUGGCCUUACUUUCAUCGGGGAGUGGAAAAAUGGCCACUUGGAGCGUAAGAUGGGCCACCUGACUUGCUUUGCUGGGGGCAUGUUUGCUCUGGGGGCUGAUGGGUCGCCAGAUGAUAAAGCUGGACACUAUCUGCAGCUCGGAGCAGAGAUUGCACACACCUGCCACGAAAGCUACGAUCGCACUGUGCUGAAGCUCGGUCCAGAGGCCUUUAAGUUCGACAGUGGGCUGGAGGCAGUGGCUGUGAGACAGAAUGAGAAAUACUAUAUCCUGAGGCCUGAGGUCAUCGAGACGUACUGGUACAUGUGGAGAUUUACCCACGACCCCAAAUACAGGCAGUGGGGCUGGGAAGCUGUGCAGGCUAUAGAUAAAUAUUGCCGAGUAAGCGGAGGAUUCUCUGGUGUUAAAGAUGUCUACUCCUCCAACCCCACCUACGAUGACGUCCAGCAAAGCUUCUUCCUGGCUGAAACGCUCAAGUAUCUCUAUCUACUUUUCUCCAGCGAUGAGCUGCUGCCUCUUGAGAACUGGGUGUUCAACACGGAGGCCCACCCUCUGCCCGUCCUGCACCUGGGCAACAUCACCCUGCCUGGCAGCGAGACCCAGCGGUAAAGCAGACUCACCGGGGGGGCGUCCUCCCCCUCGCUUGCCCCUUUUCUAUACGCCUCCCUCCUUGUGAAAGACAGCAGCUGCCAGUGCAAAAGAGAGGAGAGAACUGUACCCACCAACCACUGUCUCGUCCCGGUCUGUGAAUCAAGGGACUGCAGUGAACGGAUGGGACCAGAACAGACCGAACUCUCUUUAUCUAUGUCUCUCUCAUAUAUUCUCUGAAGGACAGACUGCUGGAUUAAUCGUGUGUCUCUCUCUUGUGGCCGCUGGCCUGACAUGUCCGUACACACUGUACACGCAUUAGCGGACUAAAAGACCUUCUGAAAUGGAAGUGUGUUUCUCACUUGGGGAAGGAUUUUAACAAGUUAAUUUGUUCUUUUUUUUCCCUCUCUCUCCAAUUUGGCAGCAUUUCAUAUCAUCAGCUGAGUGCUAAACCACUUCAAAAUGAUGGAUUAAUGGUUCUCUGACCAGACCGCCUUUAGAGUCUUUCUCUUUCUGAGCUGGGCUCCUGGAGAUGCCAGAUGUUGGAUGUGACCUCCUGUGAAAUCUUUCUCCAGCUGAGGCUGAAUUUAGGCCAGAGGCCCCCAGGAAUGUUCUUUUCUCCAUAAUUUCUCUAGAUCUACAGUAUCUAUGAUGUCUUUGUUAAGGUUAGCGGGUAAAAACGGGCACAUGCUGCUAAUCGAACAGUUGCUGCCUGUGACACAGUCACCACCGUCAUUCCAGAAACCUGCGUUGUUCCAGUCCCAUCUUUUUUUUUUU